AAUGGCAUCUUCGCUUUCAUCAAUACCCUUCCAAGCACAAGCAGCAACCGGAAGCAGUGCUCCGUCGACGUCGGGGUCUAUAAGACCUUUCUUUGCAGUUAUCUCGGUUCUGACGUUUCUUGCUGUCCUUUCUUGCAUUGUUGGUAGGAUUUAUAGCCAACGUCGGGCGAUGGCGGGGGCGGCGGUGACACCAUUGGAUACAAUCAAGCAUGGAGGAUGUUUGGGUUUGUUGAAGUUGAAGUGUCGGCGUUGUAUGACUGGUGAGGUGGUGGAAAUGGGUGCCGAAGUUAUGUCGUUUGGUGAUGAUAAAAGUAAUGAUACCCAUCCCCCUGCACCACCGGUUUGAAAUUCAAAUGAUCUUAAUCACAGCUUUAUUUGUACAA